AUGUUCCUGCGCCAUGUGGGCAAGCGCUUCCCGCGCAAGACCCGCCUGAGGCCCGCUGAAGCCACAAACAUUGAAUACGAGCUUCAGCGGAUCCAGCGGGACAUUCAGCGGGAAGUGCUUGUCCACAGGCAGAAGGUCCUGAAGAAGUCAGCCAACCAGCUGAACGCCACCGACAGCAUCACGUUUUUGGCAAGGGCCAAAACAGCCAUUGGCGAAAUUCUCUGCCGAGAGGAUCCCGAUGAGGUCCAUGGCCUGGGGAUGGGCUACAUCUUGGGUUACCUGGCCAUCGUCACAGGCCACCGGGCGGUGGUCUUCCACCACACGACCAAGGAGUCGGUACACAAUGCCGACUCCUGGAAGUCAGGAACCCGCUUCCAAGUGUUGGUGGACGACCACAAGACGACAAAAACCUUUGGGCAGGCCUCCAUUCUCCUGGAUCGCCAGGAGUAUAACUGGCUCCGCCUCCUGGCCACCGGGGCCUUCUGUCAGGAGGAGUGCAGCGAGGCGGAAAAUAUAUUUCAUACUAGAUCUGGAGCCCCGAUCAGACAGGGCACCGAAAUAAUGAACAGGGCGUGGGCAGCGGCUGGACUGAGGGGGUCAAUUAACUUUAAUAAGAUCCGGAGCAGCGUGGCCACACAGGCCAAUGAGCAGCUCACAGAAAAGGAGCGGCGGAGGGUGGCCAGGGCCAUGUGCCAUGACCCUGCCACGGCCUCCAAAUUCUAUGUUGUCCUCCCCAACGGGGAGAGGCAAUACCAGGACAGGCUCCUCAGAAUGAAGGCCCUCUGUCUGGCCUUCAACACCAGGCCAGACAGGCACACCAGGCCAGCCGUGUCAAGCAGCUCAGAGUCAGAGGGACCUGAGCCGGUGUACCAGGACUCGCCCGACUCCUCCGGCUCUGAGCUUGCCAGCCCUGAGCCAGCCCCCUCCAGCCCAGCGGACGACCCCUCCAGUCCUGAGCCAGACCGCUAG